AUGCAGCUUGAUAGUCACGAGUACCGGAAACACGAUUUACGAUUCAAAGGCCAUAAACAGCAAACAUUUUUCAAAAUUCGGGGCAUGAAGACAUAUGCGAAUGCAAAGCCUGAGGACUGUCACACUUUCGGUCAAGCUUGGGACCCUACUCGUUCUACUUUGCUCCUUUCUGUUGAGAAGGCUUCAUCUGAGACGCCCAACCCGGACUUGGCCCAUACACGCACUACUCUAGCCGUCCUGCAACCCCCAUCCCUGGCAGCAACUUGGCCGCGCCAACAUCAUUCUCCUGCGCGAGUCCAAGCCACCGCACAUCCCCAGGCUCCCACCGACUAUAACAAUCGGUCUGUGCGGACCACGUACUCAUACGCACAGUCGCCGAGCCUGCGCUUUAGGAUCGCCCCAUACACUUUGCCCCUAGACUGUGCCUGA